AGAGCCAUGCGGCCUCAGCUGUGUGGCAGACGGUGGGGCACCCGCUCCCCCGGCAAAGCGUGACCUGCAUCAAUACUCGCAUCCACCCUCCAUAUUUGGUAAGUUGCGGCGCUCAUCUUUAUGGCGCUGACUGACCUUUUCCAAGUCAGGCUAGUUCUUCGGGUGCUGUCGCUGCAGCUGUGCUUCUAUGUGGCCCGAAGUUAUGAGGCGAAGGCAUCUGGUCUGGUAAUGAAGCUGCAAGACUCUCUAGCAAGCGGUCUCUACCAGGACAGCCUGGCCUCUCCGGAGGCCAUCGUCCGCUCGGUGCGGAAGGCGGCGCCGGGGGAGAAGAUCCAGGAGCUGUUGAGCCAGAUCAACACGACCCUUGACUCGGAGCUUUCCCAAAUGAUGUUCGAGGAGAGCCGCAGCAGCGGCUCGGAGGAGCUGCGAAGGCUCCGCGAGCGCUUCGAGGACUGCCGGCAUGGAGUUCAAGCGGUUUUGCUGGAUGACAGCAUGAGGAGCUCGCACAGAUCUUGCCGUUUGCAGGAAGCAGCCGCUCGGGCGGCUCUGCAGCGCUGCCAGCGCGACUGCCAGAGCCUGGAGCAGGCCUACCACUUGCAGAGGAAGAGCUGCAAUGAGGCGCAGGAUGCGCUGGACAGCGCAAUCUGCGCGCAGCAGCGGCGGCCCUGCGACCAUCGCCUGGCCUGCGAGGCCAAGGCCCUUGACGCCAUGAACACUGCCAUGGACACCAUCGAGGCUCAGGAGCGGGAGUACUUUGGCCUCAGCAAGGCCAAGGCAUCGGUCGCCUGCCUACUUUCCAGCCUCCGCCGAGGUGAGGAUGCGCACGAGGCCUUGGCCGCUUGCCAGACGGUCACGGAGAGGCGCUUGGCGCCUUUCGAGUUGCCGGCGCUGCCGGAGCUGUCACCUUGCGAGCCGGCGCACGCGGCGGCGGAUUACCGGGACUUGCCCAAGGAGGCGCCAGCCAAGCCUUGCUCCAGCGCCUGCUGCGCCUCGUUGCUGCAGGACUCAAAUGAAGACUCGGACGACUUUGAGGAGGCUACGAAAACACGUGUCGCAGGCAAGCGGAACGCCACCAACACCACCCUGCAGCUGGAGGCGGGCUACGUCUUGGUGCGGGUCCUGGAGAAGUCGCCCCAAGGGGAGGUGAGCACCAUCACCAAGCAGGAAUUCAACGAGCGGCUUGAGCCUACCAACAAGAACACCACGUAUCCGCUUGUCAAGCGUAUUUGCCCAUCCUGUGCUGCCACGCACACUGAGAUCUUCUAUCGACGCUACACGCCUCUCAAGUCGUUUUCUCCCUACGAGGCGUUGGCAUGCGCCUGGAACGAGGACGUGGAGAACGUGCAAGGCAAGGAUUUCAAGAUCUUCAGCAACCUGAACGAUGCCUUGGCGGACAAGAACGCGUGGACUUCUUGCACCUACAGCCCCCAGGGCAGCGGCAGGGGCUUUCCGAACGAGUGCGGGCCCAAAGAUCCAGUGGGCGAGCAGUGGAACAGCGUGCCGGUGGACGCAGGUGUCGCCAACGGCAAGUGCAGCAUCGACAAAGGUGGUCGCGCGGUGAGCUACUAUAUGCUCCUGCCAAUUGUGCCGCAGAAGUUCAGGGUGGGCCUCUCGGUGGACAAAGACGGGCACACCAAGAGCCUGGGCGGGUCUGAGUUCAACCGACGCUUUCAAGAGAGCAGGUACCACAUCAUCAAGCGGACCUGCGAGUCAUGCUCCAAGAGCCACAAGUACAUCUACUACCGGCGGCUCACAAACGUGGAUACCUAUGAGCCUUACAAGACCUUGGCCUGUGACUGGCAGGCUGGCGCAGACAACGCCUUUAUGGUGGACUUCAAGCUGUUCAGCACUCUGCAGGAUGCCUUGGCGGACGACAAUGCCUGGGACUACUGCGGCUUCGACAGCGGCAGCGGCUUCCCGGGAUCCUGCAGCCCAACGGGCAAGGCCAAGACUGGCCAGAGCAACUACCUCUCGGUCCGGGGCUGCACCUGGAAGAAGUCCGACAAGGCAGUGACCUUUGAGCUGUACGAAGAUGAGGAUCUGGAAAUCGAGGCAAAGAUGAUCUCUUGGUACGGGCCCAGGCCAGACUGGUCCAAGAAGGCAGAGGUGGACAACCCCCAGUUCGCUAUCGACGCGGGUGAUGCCAAGGAUUUGGUCAAGGACACCGGGUUCACAAUGAUGUCAAUGGUUCGUCGAGAUGAAGCCUCGGGUCCUUUGACAAUCUUCAGUGCUGGUCAUGACAGCUCCAGCAUGGACGUGGACCUUCGGGCUUUCAGCAAUUCGGACUCGACCUUUUCCUUCCGCUUCAGUGGCCAGGAAUGCACAACUGCUGCGACUGAGAAGAGCGAGCAGGCAAUAUGGCAGCACGUGGCCUUCACCUACGACAUGAAGCUGAACGAGACCCGCAUCUAUCUGAACGGCCUGGAGGUGAAGGCCUGCCCCUUCCCGACUGCCUACUCGCCGGACGACGCUGCAAAGAUGAUGGUGGGUGCUUACAAGACGCAAGCCCUGUGGGGCGGGGCCCUGAAGGAGAUGAAGAUCUGGGGGCAGAGCCUCAGCGGGCCUCUGAUGGCGCGCCUGGCCGGGGACCUGGCGAUGCCCCAGGCCAUGGUAUGGUUCUCCCACGUGGAUGGGUGGAGCAGGACAGGCUUCGGUGAGGCGGUGGGCUUCUGUGCCAAGCACCACAUGAAGCUGGCGCACUAUGAAGACUACUGCAAGGCGAACAGCGAAGGGGUGCUGACGGUGAAUCCUCGUGUGGCGCCAGGGGACCAGUGGGCGCCCUUCGCCAGUGAGCAAGGAAAUAACUCGUGGGUGCAAAUUGGAAAUGGCGCCAGCACCAAGAACCCGGUGGAGGCUUGCAAGAGCUACGAGCAGGAGUUCGGGGAGAAGCCGGCCUGGGGUUUGGAUGGCAAGGCCAACCGCUACAAAUCCUUCCUUGCCUGCAAAGCAUGGUACGGCUUCAUCAUGUACCCGGAAGACAAGGGCCAAGGCAAGUGCGAGGGCGAGGUCCUCCCGCAGCAGAACGAAGCCAAGAGCGAGGCGGCCUGCAAGAUGCACUGCGUCAAGGAGCAGAGCUGCCACUUUGCAAGCUUCGUGGGGGGAGACUCGGAUAGCAGCUGUACGCUCUUUAGCACCUGUGAUAGCUGGUCGAAGCAGUCGUCCUCAACGACUUUCGUCAAGAAGCCCCUGCGAUAGACACUCCUCCACAAUGGCAGCUGAAAGAGGAGUUUGUAUGCUUAGAUGGAUUUUCAGGCAAGUCGUGAAGCUUGCAUUCAUGUUCAAGUGGUGAGUGGACGAGCUCUGAAAGGCUCCGAGAUGUACACCAGCGCCCCGAGAAAAGCGC